CGAGGAGGAGACAAGUCGGGGAUGUGUCCGUAAAAAACUUGCGGUUUCUGCGUACUCUGCCACACGUGCACUCUUGAAAUCGUGUUCUGCGACCAACGAGGUCCCGACGAGUACUUCACGCGCGCCCGUAUCGUUCGAAAUCGUUUUACGAACGGGCCUAACAAUUACGAGCCGAGGAAAAAAAAGUGCAGCCAGUGCUCGGUAUUUUGUCGUUUCUUCCAAAGGCCACGUAUCGUGCGUGUGUAUCCAGGCCUCUUGUCACGAACGUUUGGGACGCGUAGCAAACCACACGAAGAUAAGAAAGUCGUCGAUUCGUUUACGAACGACGUAUCACGGAAACGACGCCCGUACCAAGAUGCCAGGACGUUUCCGUAGGGCCAUUGAGACGGUUAGCGUUACUUGCGCGACUUAAUUUCAACUCGAUCCCGAAGAACAUUAGAGCAUAGCCUCGAAAAACGUACAAAAGUCUCUGCCGGGAGAGGAAAGAGUAAGAGAGAAAGAGAGAGAGACAGGGACAGACUGGACAGGGAGGGACCCGACAAGAAAGAAACUGACGAAGAGCGUGUGUGUAUACGGGAGAUGUUUGGAAUUUCGAGACGAGAUCCUGGUGCGGGAGGAUUCGACUAUCAGCGGCUACGAUCGACCGUAUUAUCACACGCCGGAUUCUUCACCGUAUGAGACACAGCGGCACUCACCGGUCGUCAGUCUCUAUCCCUCUGUGCCGUGUGAACGCGGCUGACUGUGUGUGUGCGUGUUUUUCCCGGCGAAGAAAUCUCAACUCGCGGCGACGGCGGUGUCUGCUGGCAUGAGAUUUUAUUGUCGCUCAGUCGACACGCUCUCGUGGAACUAUCAACGCUGUAUAAUACGCGCCGUGCGGUCCGUGUGAUUUUUUUUCCGUGCGUGAGUCAGAGUGGUGCCGUUCUCUUUCUCGUGCGAAACGACUGUUCGGUGACAAAGGAUAAUACACGCUUCAAGGUUCGUGGCUCUCUCGAUGGUACUGGGCAUCGUUGGGCGGUUGACACUGCGACUCGAACUACCUACGUAACCGUAUAUCCUCUCCUCACGGGAUUCGCGUGCGUGAAACGAAGCGGUGGAUGACACAGGACGCAUAUCGGCCGGCCGAGAGAACGAGUUCGUGGAUUCGUCGCCGGUGUAUCGCGUCAAAUCCUCUUGGAAUGUGACGAGCGACUCCCAGCGUGGAAAAUAUCGUAGAAAAGGGGACGUCAUCGACUGCUGAACGGCAAGAGACGAAAAAUCAGCUGGUAUGUCAAAUAAUCAGCUGGUUGACUCCUGUCUACGCGUUCUCCAGGAGAAGGGCCCCGACAUGCCGCAAUACACCGGACAGAGUGAUGCAGAUUACCACGGAAGUAACGGCCAGGCGGACACCCAUUCGUUGCAUUCGUCUCAUUUGUCUGUCCAGGAGGAUCCAUUACUCAUCCGGAGCCAUAAGCAGCAAACUACCCAACAAGUGACGAACGUGUCGAAGGUGGUGCGCGAGGUGUCACACAUGGAGCCGGAUCCAGGCGCGGUCAGCUACAUGUCGGUGCCGCUGAUGUCCCAGGACUACCAGCAUGUGGACCCACGUUAUCCAACGGACUCGUACAUGGUCGGUUUCGAUCAUUACGAGCCCUACCUCGGCUAUCCACCACAGCCAGGCUAUCCAGGUCCUCCACAUGGCAUUUACAUGCCACGCUCGCAUUCCCCUCACAGUCCUCAUAGUCCUUCGGAGCAUAGUCGUGCCUCGCCUCCGCACGAAUACCUGCGCAAGGCGGCGCCAUACGUCGAAGGAGGAUACAACGACAUCGAUCCAGGUCUGAAUCCAGCGUUGCAGGAUCACUAUCGUAUCACACCUAGUCCAGGCGGUCCAGGAGAUCAAUAUGAUCAAAUCAGCAACUCUUGGAAUAUGGAUGACUCUGGCGAACCCUCUCAGCAUCCUCAUGACGAGAAUAAAGUUGCCUAUGGUUAUGUGUCUACGUCUCCCUAUGGACCCGUAGGAUACGGCCCUGCCGUUGGUGUUGGUCCAGUUACAGUUCCAAGCGAUGUACCAGGCUACGAUGAGGGUCAUCCUGUGCCACUUACAUCUGGAGUACCUCCAGGAAUGUUCGAGGACGAGGUCCAUCUUCAGAGACUACAAUCUCGACACCCUGUAGUCCCUGGUAUGGCCAGUCCACUCGACGACGAUCAGAAAUCCAUGAGAUGGCGAGACCCUAAUCUAUCCGAGGUCAUAGGCUUCCUGAGUAAUCCGAAUAAUAUAAUAAAAGCGAACGCUGCCGCGUAUCUUCAACAUCUAUGCUACAUGGACGAUCCAAACAAGCAAAAGACGCGAAAUAUGGGCGGUAUACCACCGUUGGUGCAAUUGUUGGAUCACGACAACCCCGACGUGUAUAGGAAUGCUUGCGGCGCACUGAGGAAUCUGUCUUACGGUAGACAGAACGACGAGAACAAGAGGGCUAUCAAGAAUGCUGGCGGAGUGCCUGCUCUGAUCAAUCUGCUGCGCAGGACGUCUGAUGCUGAUGUGAAGGAACUGGUCACGGGAGUUCUGUGGAACUUGUCCUCUUGUGAGGACCUGAAGAAGUCCAUCAUCGACGACGGUGUAACAAUGGUGGUGAACAACAUAAUCAUCCCGCACAGUGGUUGGGAUCCAAGCUCUUCCAGUGGCGAAACCUGCUGGUCCACCGUCUUCAGAAACGCUUCUGGUGUUCUGAGAAACGUGUCCAGCGCAGGAGAGUACGCAAGGAAGAAGCUUCGUGAAUGUGAAGUUUACGUAGUAAGAUCGGCCAUCGAGAAAUCGAACAUUGGUAACAAGAUCGUGGAGAACUGCGUGUGUAUCCUGCGGAACCUGAGCUACCGGUGUCAAGAGGUCGAGGAUCCUAAUUAUGACAAGCAUCCGAUACAAUCGACGGUGCAGAACAGGGUAGCAGCACCUGCCAAAGGUGAAAACUUGGGAUGUUUUGGAGGAAGCAAGAAGAAGAAGGAUGGCCAGCCUGUGCAGAAGGAGACCACAGCAUCACGUACCACCAGCCAAAGAACAGAACCAGUCAGAGGCAUGGAGUUGCUUUGGCAACCAGAGGUGGUCCAAUCCUAUCUGAAGCUGUUGCAGACUUGUUCGAACCCUGAAACUCUGGAGGCUGCAGCUGGGGCACUUCAGAAUCUUGCUGCUUGCUACUGGCAGCCUAGCAUUGAGAUUCGUGCUGCUGUGAGGAAGGAGAAGGGUCUUCCUAUUUUGGUAGAGCUUCUGCGGAUGGAGGUGGACCGUGUGGUCUGCGCCGUAGCCACAGCUCUCAGGAAUCUAGCGAUAGAUCAGCGCAACAAAGAAUUAAUAGGAAAAUAUGCCAUGCGUGAUCUCAUCCAGAAGUUGCCCUCUGGGAACAACCAGCACGAUCAAGGGACCAGUGACGAUACAAUCGCAGCGGUCCUGGCCACUUUGAACGAAGUGAUCAAGAAGAACGCAGAGUUCUCGCGAUCACUGUUAGACGCUGGUGGUGUCGACAGACUGAUGAACAUCACCAGGCAACGCCAAAAAUACACGCCUCGUGUUCUUAAAUUUGCAGGACAAGUCUUGUUCACUAUGUGGCAGCACCAAGAGCUGAGAGACGUCUAUAAGAAACACGGCUGGAAAGAGCAGGAUUUCGUGACGAAAACAGUAGCAGCGCGGAAUUCAGGGCCUAAUUCACCCAACAACGCGAACAGCUAUGAUUGUAGCACGCUGAACCGACCAAUGGCCAGCCAAGGGAGCACCAGAUACGAGGACAGAACGAUUCAGAGAGCAAACAUGAACUCGAAUAACGUUGGUCGACCUACUAUAUAUCAGCCUCAACCGAAACCCGGUGAGCCGCUCUACGCGCAAGUUAACUUGGAGAAGAAAAAGAAGCGGCAGUAUGAGCUGGGGGUGGGCCAGGCGCAGGGUCAGGGCCCGGUCGUCGGCUCGGGAGUGGGCGUCCCUGGUGGCGCCUUACCAGGUGGCCAAUGGGUAGCAGAUGGCGUUGGUGUGCCCGACGGUUCAGCCGCCACCGCAACGGUGAACGUUCCACCGAAUUCUACCGCCGCCUCUGCUGGCGAUUCCUGGGUAUAA